AUGGCGGUGGCUCUCCCGGCAGCGACAUGCCAAGGAGGUCCAAGAGGAUGCCCGUGCACACAGGUCGCGACGACCAGCUCUUGGGCACGGCCCUCCCAGAUGUUGCCCUUGGGCAUGUCCGUCGCCGCCUUUGGCGCUACGGCCAGUCUGUCGCGUCGCGGCGCCCGAGCUCAACGAGCGCCCAAAGUGAUGACGAAGGCUACUACAAAUGCUGCCUUACAGAAGCUGGAUGGCCUGCUCCAGCGCGCCCUGCAAGCAGAGUUAGACCAAGAGUCCACCAGAACCAGAGCUGAGGUGGAGUCAGAGGUCACCACCAUGCUUGACGCCGAGCUGCGGGGCAAUCUGCGUGGCUUCGCAUCGGCCGAGAAGAAGGUGGCAAAGCGGUUGUACUCUUUGGAGGAAAUGAAACAGAAUGGUGUGGAUGCAGCUCAAUUUCUGAAUCCUCAAGAUAGUACGCUGGACUUGUUGAAGACAGUCAUUGUUGGAGUUGUGGCCUUGGGUGGUGCGGUCUUCAUCUUGGCAGCGAAGCCUGGUCCGGGCGUGGUGAUUUUCAUGACACUGCUGGGGCUUUCCGUGCUCUUUUUCGAUCAGGUCAUCAACAGAGGAUUCGGUGAGUUGUUGCUGCUGGAUUCCCUGGGUCGCCUGGUGAGCAAAGAAUAUCCUCAGCGAGUGGCCUGUCACGAGGCGGGUCACUUCCUGGUGGCCUACCUCCUGGGUGUCCUUCCCAAGGCCUACACCUUGGGAGCUUGGGAGGCAUUCUCCAAGUACAAUUCCAUGUCUGUCCAGGCAGGCACCACCUUCCUGGACCAGGCAAUCCAAAUGGAGAUGCAGUCGGGACAAAUCUCUGGCAAGACAUUGGACAACUUCGUUUGUGUGGCCCUUGGUGGCAUCGCAGCUGAAUACGUGACCUACGGCCAGGCCAAUGGCGGCAUGUCGGACAUCAUCCAACUGGAGGCCCUUUUUGAAGCCCUCAAGUUUGACCAGCAACAGACAAACGUUCUGUUGCGCACCAGUGUCAUGAACACGGUGGCAAUCAUCAAAGAGAAGCAAAAAGCGCACACAGCGUUGGUGGAUGCUAUGUCCCGUGGUGAGUCUGUUGGGCGAUGUAUUGAAAUCAUCGAACAAAGCCUGUAG